GAAUUGUGUAUUCAUAAUGGCAUUGUGUAUUCAUGUGUUACCAUUGUAAAAUCUCUAAUUUAUCUCGCUAGUUAUAUUGUUUUAUACGGGAACAUCUCGCAUCAACCAUCGUGACGGUAACACCUACAGAUUACUUGUAUCAAUGUCGCUCUUGUUCAGUUCUCUCAUGUGACUGGCAUACGAGCAUACUCAGGGCGGUGACGUCUGAUUGUAUCAAAGCACAUAAUGCAACAGCAUAGUCACGAGACUGCCGAGUCACUUAUCAGCCGCCUUCAGAGUAAGAGUUUUCGACGUAUCUCUUAUGUUAGGACGAUGGAUGGAGCAGCCAAGAUGGCCGGAACGUUACCAGAUCGAUCAGUUGUUGAUUUACACCACAAUGACUUCCUGACUUGUGGCAUCUGUCAAGAAUUGAUCACAGAUGCCAGAAUCCUGCCCUGCCUCCAUUCCUUCUGCUUUAGGUGCAUAUGCGCGCGCACAGAGUCACAUCAGUCUGAACAAAGACCAGCACUCUGUCCAGAGUGUCGAGAACCAAUUUCAGUUGAGGCAGAUUCCUUCAAGAAUAAUUUCUUCAUCAAUGGACUCGCUGAACUUGUAAGAUCUAAGACAGCCAAGUCAAUGCAAUGCACGCCAUGUGGGUUGAAAGGACGAUCCUCCCCAGCAGAAAUGAAGUGUCUCAACUGCGGCGAUGGCCUCUGUACAGACUGUUCCGAUGGACACAAUGCUUCAACCCAAACACAUUGUCAUCAGAUUGUUUCUGUAGCAGACCUCAGGGGAGGACUGCAUGAUGAAACGUUCAGAAAGUCACAGAGAAUUCAAUGUCAACAGCACCAGGACAAAGAUGUGGAAUACUUUUGCCAAUCUUGUCAUUUACCAGUCUGUAUAGCAUGCGUUAUUCUUCUCCACAAGGACCACAACACUCAACCUAUCACAGAAACUGUAAGCCAUUUGAAGUCAAUGAUGAAGUCUAAGGUUGAGAUCAUUCGCAAAGAAUUCAAGGAAGUUUCCAAACAAGAAAUGAGUAUCUUAUCUUUGACAAAAGCAUUAAAACAAAAAAGAGAAUUAGAGACAUCUCGCAUUGAAGAAAAUGCGGAACGAGAAAUUGCAAAAAUAAAAAGCAGACAACACGAUUCACUGAGAAAACUUUCCACUGAAAUGAAAGAAAUAGAGAAGGAACACAGCACCAUGUUACAAGAACUCUCGCAACAGAAAAAUAGGAUUGGCAGUUGUGUCGACUUCUGUGACAGCAUCCUGGAGACAGGCAAGGAUGACGAGUUACUGAUGCUGAAGACGACCAUUAUGGACAGACUCCAACAGCUCAAAGGACAUGCCAUGGCUAUUCACAAGACGGAUGCAUUGACUGUUGCAAAGGAUGAUGAACAGAACGAGAAACAGGACAAAAAGCAGACAACACAGAGUGAAGCCAGUGAAGCACAGACCAGAUCUAUUCCAUCAAGAUACAAUAUGAAAUUCCAAAGAACAUUUUCUGCAAAAUCUAAAGGUGAUACAAAGAACCCUAACAUCAAAGGAACGGCAUACAGUUUCGGUGCUGGGCUGUUGAUAUCAGAUCUAGCCAAUAGAAAGGUCAAGAUGAUCAACUCUUGUGGUAAGUUGAAACAAGAAAUCACCGUGGAUGGAUUCUAUCCCCGUGCAAUUGCUGUUGCUGGGGACAUCAUUGUUGUGGUCAGUGAGAAUUAUUUGUGUAUUUUCACUUUAAAGGGUCAUCUACGAACAAAGGUCAAACUGAACAAGACUAAACCAGACGAAGGUCUACCCUUCACAUACAGUCUAGCUGCGUCUGACGAUGUUGGGAUUGUGGUUGGCAAUAUUCCUGGUGACAAAAGACUUCACGUCUACAACCUGGAGGGCACGAUGAAGAGGUAUAUAGACUGCAGCAUCCGGUUCCCCCUGGCGUCCCUGUCCGUCACCCCUGAAGGGGAUAUAGUCAUGAGUGAAUGGGGAAGUGGAAGUCUAAGAGUCCUAUCAAGUGGAGGGAAGGACAGGUGGAGCAGUUGGGAAUAUGAUACUGGGUGGAAACCCAAUGGGACUUGUGUGUCACGUGAUGGAACCAUUUUCGUUGCGGACUACGAUUGGGGAGGAGUCCUCGUUUAUAGCUCAAGUGGUAAAAAAUGUCUUCAGUACAAAACAAUACGUGAUGGGCUGCAUUAUCCCAGUCAUGUUGCUUUCGAUGAGGAGGGAUCACUCUAUGUGAUUGAUGCUAAAGAUAGGAUAAAUAAAUACACCCCUCCAACCUAUACAAACCCCACCCUCACAGCCAUCCCACCUCAUACAAACCCCACCCUCACAGCCACCCCACCUCAUACAAACCCCACCCUCACAGCCACCCCACCUCAUACAAACCCCACCCUCUCAGCCACCCGACCUCAUACAAACCCCACCCUCACAGCCACCCCACCUCAUACAAACCCCACCCUCACAGCCACCCCACCUCAUACAAACCCCACCCUCACUGCCACCCCACCUCAUACAAACCCUACCCUCACAGCCUCCAACCUAUACAAACCCCACCUCAUACAAACCCCACCCUCACAGCCUCCAACCUAUACAAACCCCACCCUCACAGCCACCCCACCUCAUACAAACCCCACCCUCACAGCCACCCCACCUCAUACAAACCCCACCCUCUCAGCAAUCCCACCUCAUACAAACCCCACCCUCACAGCCAUCCCACUUCAUACAAACCCCACCCUCACAGCCACCCCACCUCAUACAAACCCCACCCUCACAGCCACCCCACCUCAUACAAACCCCACCCUCACAGCCAUCCCACCUCAUACAAACCCCACCCUCACAGCCUCCAACCUAUACAAACCCCACCCUCACAGCCACCCCACCUCAUACAAACCCAACCCUCUCAGCCAUCCCACCUCAUACAAACCCCACCCUCACAGCCUCCAACCUAUACAAACCCCACCCUCACAGCCACCCCACCUCAUACAAACCCCACCCUCACAGCCUCCAACCUAUACAAACCCCACCCUCACAGCCACCCCACCUCAUACAAACCCCACCCUCACAGCCAUCCCACCUCAUACAAACCCCACCCUCACAGCCAUCCCACUUCAUACAAACCCCACCCUCACAGCCUCCAACCUAUACAAACCCCACCCUCACAGCCUCCAACCUAUACAAACCCCACCCUCACAGCCAUCCCACCUCAUACAAACCCCACCCUCACAGCCUCCAACCUAUACAAACCCCACCCUCACAGCCACCCCACCUCAUACAAACCCUACCCUCACAGCCUCCAACCUAAACAAACCCCACCUCAUACAAACCCCACCCUCACAGCCUCCAACCUAUACAAACCCUACCCUCACAGUAACCCCACCUCAUACAAACCCCACCUCAUACAAACCCUACCCCCACAACCACCUCAACCUAACCGUGCAGCCACAGACACUCCAUUCCAUCAUGAACGUUUCAAUGGCUGUAGCACACCUGGAAGUUGGUUUUGUCCUGCUCAUUGAUUCCUUUGGAUAUUCAGCCCUACGACUUUGUUGCCUAGUACUGAAUGUCCUGGAAAUGUGCGUGUCUUACUUCCUCCUUAAGGGCACCAAGAUGGCCGGAACGUUACCAGAUCGAUCAGUUGUUGAUUUACACCACAAUGACUUCCUGACUUGUGGCAUCUGUCAAGAGUUGUUCACAGAUCCCAGAAUCCUGCCCUGCCUCCAUUCCUUCUGCUUUAGGUGCAUAUGCGCGCGCACAGAGUCACAUCAGUCUGAACAAAGACCAGCACUCUGUCCAGAGUGUCGAGAACCAAUUUCAGUUGAGGCAGAUUCCUUCAAGAAUAAUUUCUUCAUCAAUGGACUCGCUGAACUUGUAAGAUCUAAGACAGCCAAGUCAAUGCAAUGCACGCCAUGUGGGUUGAAAGGACGAUCCUCCCCAGCAGAAAUGAAGUGUCUCAACUGCGGCGAUGGCCUCUGUACAGACUGUUCCGAUGGACACAAUGCUUCAACCCAAACACAUGGUCAUCAGAUUGUUUCUGUAGCAGAUCUCAGGGGAGGACUGCAUGAUGAAACGUUCAGACAGUUACAGAGAAUUCAAUGUCAACAGCACCAGGACAAAGAUGUGGAAUACUUUUGCCAAUCUUGUCAUUUACCAGUCUGUAUAGCAUGCGUUAUUUUUCUCCACAAGGACCACAACACUCAACCUAUCACAGAAGCUGUAAGCCUUUUGAAGUCAAUGAUGAAGUCUAAGGUUGAGAUCAUUCGCAAAGAAGUCAAGGAAGUUUCCAAACAAGAAAUGAGUAUCUUAUCUUUGACAAAAGCAUUAAAACAAAAAAGAGAAUUAGAGACAUCUCGCAUUGAAGAAAAUGCGGAACGAGAAAUUGCCAUAAUAAAAAGCAGACAACACGAUUCACUGAGAAAACUUUCCACUGAAACGAAAGAAAUAGAGAAGGAACACAACACCAUGUUACAAGAACUCUCGCAACAGAAAAAUAGGAUUGGCAGUUGUGUCGACUUCUGUGACAGCAUCCUGGAGACAGGCAAGGAUGACGAGUUACUGAUGCUGAAGACGACCAUUGUGGACAGACUCCAACAGCUCAAAGGACAUGCCAUGGCUAUUCACAAGACGGAUGCAUUGACUGUUGCAAAGGAUGAUGAACAGAACGAGAAACAGGACAAAAAGCAGACAACACAGAGUGAAGCCAGUGUAUCACAGACCAGAUCUAUUCCAUCGAGAUACAAUAUGAAAUUCCAAAGAACAUUUUCUGCAAAAUUUAAAGGUGAUACAAAGAACCCUAACAUCAAAGGAACGGCAUACAGUUUCGGUGCUGGGCUGUUGAUAUCAGAUCUAGCCAAUAAAAAGGUCAAGAUGAUCAACUCUUGUGGUAAGUUGAAACAAGAAAUCACCGUGGAUGGAUUCUAUCCCCGUGCAAUUGCUGUUGCUGGGGACGUCAUUGCUGUGGUCAGUGAAAAUUAUUUGUGUAUUUUCACUUUAAAGGGUCAUCUACGAACAAAGGUCAAACUGAACAAGAAUAAACCAGAUGAAGGUCUACCCUUCACAUACAGUCUAGCUGCGUCUGACGAUGUUGGGAUUGUGGUUGGCAAUAUUCCUGGUGACAAAAGACUUCACGUCUACAACCUGGAGGGCACGAUAAGGAGGUAUUUAGACUGCAGCUUCCGGUUCCCCCUGUCGUCCCUGUCCGUCACCCCUGAAGGGGAUAUAGUCAUGAGUGAAUGGGGAAGUGGAAGUCUAAGAGUCCUAUCAAGUGGAGGGAAGGACAGGUGGAGCAGUUGGGAAUAUGAUACUGGGUGGAAACCCAGUGGGACUUGUGUGUCACGUGAUGGAACCGUUUUCGUUGCGGACUACGACUGGGGGGGAGUGCGCGUUUAUAGCUCAAGUGGUAAAAAAUGUCUUCAGUACAAAACAAAACAUGAUGGGCUGCAUUGUCCCAGUCAUGUUGCUUUCGAUGAGGAGGGAUCACUCUAUGUGAUUGAUGCUAAAGAUAGGAUAAAUAAAUACACCGUAUGAAGCUAUGAAGCAAACAGUUGAGAAGCAUUAAGCUCCAUUUUAUUCAUAUUAUCAGUGGAAUGUUUUCUUGAGAACAACGUGACGUGUCACUAAGGAGAUUGACAUGACGUGUCACUAAGGAGAUUGACAUGACAUGUCACUAAGGAGAUUGGCAUGACGUGUCACUAAGGAGAUUGGCAUGACAUGUCACUAAGGAGAUUGACAUCACGUGUCACUAAGGAGAUUGGCAUGACGUGUCAAUGAGGAGAUUGACAUCAAGUGUCACUAAUGAGAUUGGCAUGACGUGUCAAUCAGGAGAUUGACAUGACGUGUCACUAAGGAGAUUGACAUGACGUGUCACUAAGGAGAUUGACAUGACGUGUCACUAAGGAGAUUGGCAUGACGUGUGAAUGAGGAGAUUGACAUCACGUGUCAAUUAUGAGAUUGGCAUGACGUGUCUCUAAGGAGAUUGACAUAACGCGUCACUUAGGAGAUUGACAUGACGUGUCACCAAUGAGAUUGGCAUGACGUGUCAAUGAGGAGAUUGGCAUGACGUGUCACUAAGGAGAUUGACAUGACGUGUCACUAAGGAGAUUGACAUGACGUGUCACUAAUGAGAUUGGCAUGACGUGUCAAUGAGGAGAUUGGCAUGACGUGUCACUAAGGAGAUUGACAUGACGUGUCAAUAAAGAGAUUGACAUGAUGUGUCACUUAGGAUAUUGGCAUGACGUGUCACUAAGGAGAUUGACUUGACGUGUCACUAAGGAGAUUGACAUCACGUGUCACUAAUGAGAUUGGCAUGACGUGUCACUAAGGAGAUUUACUUGACGUGUGAAUGAGUAGAUUGGCAUGACGUGUCACUAAGGAGAUUGACUUGACGUGUCUAUGAGGAGAUUGACAUGAUGUGUCACUAAGGAGAUUGGCAUGACGUGUCAAUGAGGAGAUUGACAUGUUUGGCAAAUAAAAAUGUGUAAUUUCUGUGAGACAAGUACCGUCAAAGGGAGGGGGUUACAAUGAGACCUGGGCGUGGCAGGCCUAAAAAAACGACACCUGGACAAGAUCGUCUCAUUACAUUAAUUGUGCCACGCAAUAGAUUGAAAUCUGCUGUCAAUAGUGGAUUCCGUACAAUAACAGGAGUGCGACUCUACAGAUAAAAACUGACUCUGUGCAGCCCGCCUGAAAGCAAGGCGUCUUGUGAAGGGUGUGACCAUUACAGCUUACCACAGGCGGCAAAGAUUGGGAUUGGCCAGGGCAACAAUUCUUGACCAUGAUCGGUAUGGGGAAAGUAUCACACAUGGCAAGUGAACUGAUUGCGUUAUUAUAAAUGGAUAUUAGACUGGGCAGCGAUACGUUGACCCCAGUUUGGGUAGCUCUUCGGGCGUAAUGGCGGGCAAUGCCAAGGGCAACCAUGCACAAGUUAAUCAACAUUUUACCAUCAAGGUGUCGUCCAUGAUAUUGAUCUACAUAACCGAAAUAAAUUUUACAGAC